UUAGAAAGCUGUCGAUAUUAUUUUUAUAUUUUUGUUAUUUUCUACAAUAAUUUUGUGAAAUUAAUUGUCCAAUAAACUAAAACAAAACUAAAACGAAUUUAUUUUUAUAAAGAAUUUAAAAAUUGUGUAACUAAUUGCAACUGCAUUUCAUCAACUAAAAUUUACAAACUAAACUCAUUUGCAAUAAUACUAUAUAAUAUAAACUAAAUGCAAUAAUGUCUAUAGCCUCAACAUUGGCUUUGAUUUUUACGGUUUUGGCCUCAGUUAGCAUAGUUUCAGUUAUUAUCUUAUUGGGCUGGUUCCUAAUUUGGAAAGCAUUUUUAUCAAAAUUCCGUUUAGUACGCGAACUUUUGGGACAAACCAACGCUGACGGAACGCCAUACUCAAACGGAGAAACUACAAGUCUAACAAGUAGUUCCCUGCCAACACAAAAUAAAUUAAAAAAACUAAGAAAAGACUAA